AAUUGAUAUAACAAGUAUCAUUGAAAAAUAUUUUUUUAUUUCUAUUUAAAAUAAAUAAAAACCACAAUUGAUAAUUGUUUCAAAUAAAUAAAAUUUUUCAUACUUUUAAAAUAUAAAUUUAAUUUUUUAUUUAAUUAAACAUAAAUUAUUAUCUAUUAUUAUCGCAAACACUUUUACAUUGAAAAGUACUAAAUUUACUCAACGUGUUGAUCGUUCGUUACCCCCCUACGUAUAAACAUCACCAGCAUAUUAUUUUCGGACGAUGAAAUCGGAAAAUCCAACGAGAACAAAGACUUCUAUUCCUUUUCUUACCAAGUUUUAUCUAAAUUAAAAGUUUGUUAUUCUCAAAUAUUGAGAAAAGAAAAUUUCGCGAAAUUUAAUUAACAGGAAUAUUUAUUUUCAUUGAUAAUUAGUUUAAUUUGUAUUCUUCUGUUAAAAAAACAAUUCAUUUGAGCGUAACGAGACGUCCAAAGUAUUAGCAUAAACAAUAAAUAAUACAAAAACAGUUUAUUGUAAGUAUAUACUCGGAGUAAAAAAAAAACACAGUACGGUGAAAAUAUUUAUGAUUACUCAGAAGACUUGCAAGAGUAAAUAAAGAUUGUAGCGCUUAAAUCUCGUAUUCGCGUGCCGGUUCAGCUGGCGAACACUUCGUAACCAGCCAACUGUUUAUUUCUUAUUAUUAUUAUUAUUAUCAUAACCAUCACUUUAAAUUCAGUAAUUAAUAAUAUUGUGACUUUGUUUCAUAAUGAAGAAAAAAAUACAUUGCCGUUUAAAAUAAUUGUUAAUUAUUUUAAUAAUUAAUUAAAUAAAUCAUAAAUUUAUUAUUUUACUGGUUAGUGAAAUCUUCUUCGAAGAUAAAAAUAACAAAUAAUUGUCCGGUGAAUAGAUAAAUGACAAUGUGCAAUAAAAGUAUUUGAAAAAUUGUAGUUUGUUCAAAAGAUCGACAGAUUUAAAUUGCGAGUAUUUAAUUGCAACAUAACUAAAAAGUAAUCAUGGCACAUGUACCUGAGGAUCCGGAAAAAUUAAAAAAGAAAAAGAAGAAGAAAGAUGGUGAUGAUGAUGAUCAUCAUCAUACUGAUGAAGAGAUGGAUUAUAUUGCUGAUGAAACACCGCCACCACCUGAUGGAGGAUGGGGUUGGGCUGUAGUUUUUGCUUCUUUUAUGAUUCACAUUGUUACUGAUGGAGUGACUUAUUCUUUUGGAGUUUUCUACGUUGAAUUUCUUUCUUACUUCAACGAAGGAAAAGGCACAACAGCAUGGAUUGCUUCUAUUCUUGUUGGAAUAACUUUAUGUUCUGGGCCGAUAUCAAGUGCGCUUGUAAACAAAUACGGCUGUCGAGCUGUAACAAUCGUAGGUGCAAUUUUAUCAAGUGCCUGUUUACUUAUGAGUGUAUGGGCACCAAAUGUUGUGACUCUUUAUUUUACAAUAGGCAUAGGAACAGGCUUAGGAUUUGGAUUAAUUUAUCUUCCGGCCAUAGUAUGUGUAACAAUAUAUUUUGAAAAACUUCGAUCUCUUGCGACUGGUAUAGCAGUAUGUGGUUCCGGCUUAGGAACCCUUAUUUUUUCUCCAUUCAUUGAAUUUCUUAUUACAACAUAUGGAUGGAGAGGAGCAAUGUUAAUAAUAUCCGCACUAGUUCUUAAUUGUAUUAUAUUCGGAAUUUUAUUUCGACCAAUUGAACUUACACGACGACCUAAAAAUAUACAAAUGAAGGAAAUAAAAUUAUCAUCAACAAACCCUAAAGUGUCUAAUUUAAAUAGCAUAUCAAAUGGUUUAAAUAGACCCCACAGUACCCACAAUAUAAGUACAACGUAUCAUUUUGUUACGGAUAAUAAUGAUAAUAUAAAUAAUUUAAGAAAAAUAACAAUGAGUCAACCUAUUCUUACAAAGGAAAUUUCUCAUAAUUUAAAUCAUCCAGAUCGCAAUGAACAAAAUCCUAAAUCACUCGGUAGCGGUAUGAUGAAUAAAAGUGAUAUAUUUUAUCAAGGGAGUGUUGAAAAUGUUCGUAAACGAUCUGCAUCUGUUGGAAAUAAUGAGACUCAUCCAGCAGUUCGUGGAUCUGUUAUGAGUUUACCUAAUGGAGCAGAAUAUAAAUCAAGUGAAAGAGUAGAAUGUGCUCCCUAUGUAGGAAAAUCAUUUGGGAUAUUGCGACAAAUGCUCCAGUUAUCAUUAUUAAAAGAUCCAGUAUUUCUUAUAUUUGUUAUAUCAAAUUUCUGCACAAGUAUAGGUUUUAAUAUACCUUAUGUUUACUUAAUCCCACAAGCUGAGUCACGAUCAAUCUCUCGAGAAACUGCCAGUUAUUUACUUUCAACGAUUGGCAUUGCAAAUACUGUUGGUCGUAUCAUUCUUGGCUAUGUCUCAGAUAAACCCUGGGUUAAUCGUCUUUUGAUCUACAACCUUUGUUUAACUAUAUGUGGACUAGCAACAGUAUUAAGUGUAUACUGUGAUUCUUUUAUUUCAUUCGUAAUUUAUACAAGUGUUUAUGGAUUUACUGUUGGAGCAUAUGUAGGACUUACAUCUGUGAUUUUAGUCGAUUUAUUAGGCUUAGAACGCCUGACCAAUGCAUUUGGUUUAGUUUUAUUGUUUCAAGGAGUUGCAUCACUCUUAGGGCCACCGAUGGCAGGUUGGCUCUAUGAUGCUUUAAAGUCUUACGAUCCUGGAUUUUUUCUUGGCGGUGCAAUGAUUACUAUCAGUGGUCUGAUAUUAUUCUUGAUACCACCCUUGCAAAGAUAUAUAAAACAGAAAGAAGAAACAUUUAAAGUAGUUAAUGUUACAGCAUAGUUAGAUAAUUUAUGAUUUAAUAUUUUUUUAACUAUACCAAAUACAAGCAAAAGAAAUAGGAUUAUUUUUAUAGAAAACUACCAUAAUAUAUCUUAUGUUGUCGAGUAACGUCAAAAAAAUACCAUUGGCUCAAAAGUUUAUGUACAUGUACACAUGUAGGUUUCAUGUCAUAUAGAUUGCGCUCACAAUUCUUAAUUAACCCGUGGUAAUUAAAUAUCGUGCACUUAUUCUUUGAGGCACUUCCGUAAUCGAGUUUAAAAAUACUGGUUUGUUAUGCAGUUAGUUUUAAUUUUUUUUUCAAUAAUUCAAAAUCUUUGAAAAUUAAAAAAAAUUUACUUCUACAAUUUUCUUAUUUCUUAUUUCUAAUAAGUAUAUAACGUAUAUUAUAAAAUGUGAAUUAAUAUAUACUUAUAUAUUUUUAUUAUUUGACAAUCAGAAUAAUUGAAAUAUCAGAAUGAAUUUUGUGAGAUCACAUUUAAACUCUUAUAAUUGUUUUAAAAAAUUUAAAAGGAUUAAAAUGUAAUUUUACUA